AUGGCGUCCGAGGCACGCAUGUACACCUUCUCCGACGAGACCAAGACGCACUUGCGCAAGUUCCGUCUGGGCACAUCGCGGGUGAAUGAGCCGCAAGCUGUCAUCUACCUCAUCGAUAAACAAACCAAAGAAAUCCGCCAGGAUGACGACAAGACAGUUUACAAGUCCCUCGACGAGCUGGCCGAGGACCUGCCGGACCACUCGCCGCGGUUCAUUCUCUUGAGCUAUCCGCUGACGCUGCCCUCCGGCCGCAUGUCGGUGCCAUACGUCAUGAUCUACUACAUGCCAACCACAUGCAACAGCGAACAGCGCAUGCUGUACGCCGGGGCCAAGGAGCUGAUGCGCAACACCAGCGAGGUGACCAAGAUCUUUGACAUUGAGUCGCCCGAGGAUCUGGAGGAGAUUCCGUCGAAGCUUGGUGCGGCUUAA